CCGCGCUGUAUGCGCCCUCGCUAGCUCGCCUUUCAUCCGCAUUGUCUAGUCAGCAAGCCUACUGGAGAGGAUACAUAACCGUAGAUGUCGGGAUAUUGGGGCCCCGCGACUUCCACUAUCGACUGGUGUGAGCAAAACUACCAGUUUUCUCACUACCUCGCUGAGCUCGCGAACUCGCUGAGCAAUGGGGUCACCGUACUCUUCGCCGCAUGGGGCGCGCACAAGGUGCGCCAGAAUGGCCUGCCGUUGCGCUACGCCCUGCAGUUCGUUUUCCUCGCAAUCGUGGGUAUUGGUUCGUUCGCGUUCCACGCGACUCUGCUCUAUGAGGCGCAGCUGGCCGACGAAUUGCCGAUGCUCCUGUCUUCGAGCUAUAGCAUCUUCCUUCUCCUUGAUACUGGAAAGGGCUUUGCGAACAUUCACAGCUGGCUGGCCAUCGCCAUCGCUGUCAUCAACGUUGCGUUCACGGCGUCCUACCUAGUUUAUCGGAGUCCGCCCUACUUCCAAUCGGUGUUCGCGUUUACAAUGUUGUUCAUCGGAUUCCGCUGUACCCAGCUGCUGCGGCACUCUGCUCCGUCCGUCAUCCCACCACAGACGAAGCAGCGCAUCUUGUCGAUCUUCUGGACCGGCGGUCUCCUGUUCAUAUUCGCGUUUGGAAUCUGGAACAUCGAUAACGAAUUCUGUGCAAGAAUCACCGUCUGGAAGCAUGCAUUGGGUUGGCCCAACGCGUUCCUGCUCGAAGGGCAUGCGUGGUGGCAUGCGCUCACGGCGGCAGGAACGUAUCUCAUGAUGGAAGGCGUGACCUAUACGAUGCUUUGCGUCAAGGACGACCAUAACCGCUACGGGCUAGACUACACUUUGGGUGUCCCCCACGUUGUUCGUAUCCCCGCACGGAAAUCUGAUUGAGUUGCCUCUCGACUGCGAGAAAUCGAUUUCACAAUUAUUGCCUCGUUUCCGAUCAAGGAAGAUUAUGUCUUGUAUUAGGUUUUCUUACAACCGAUAUCCUCGCACCCUCAUGUACACCCUUACUC